UUUCAAAAGCUACACUCUGUGAAUGCCUUUUGAAAUGACCAGCUGUGAAUAUGUGUGCAACUGCAACACAUCAAUGAAAUUGACUUAGAACUUUAAUAGCCUCAGCAGUGACGUCAUCGGAAUGUGCACACAUCAGAGGCUAUAAUUAGAUGUGACACAGGUGCAUCAGCAUGUCUUCAGAUCAUACUGUGAUUUUGUGUGCUCUGCUCAAGUUAACUAAUUUAUAAAAAAUAUACAUUGUUUGUAUAUUUUUUGUAUAUACAUGUUUUUGUGUCCUUGAGGUCGACCCAUUCGAUUAUCGCUGGGGCAAUCUCAUCACUCAGACCGUGUACUUGGCUGAUAAUUGGCUGUAUUUAAUUCUGAGGAAUUAAAUAAGUGAAAUGUCCAUAUACUGUAUAUACAGUAUCAAAGUAUCAUCACUACAGUAUCAUCACUUCCCAUUGUGUCAGUCCAUAUGUGCAUUUUCCUCAUGUACCUCCUUAUGGGUGGGAUGUGGCCUCAGAAGUGUCUCUCUUCAUCUGGACUAGGCAUGCUUCCAACAGCUAAUGUCUGUCUCCAUGUUUGGUUUAGGAUCUUCACUCUGGACCACUCCAUGCGACCAAAAUCAGAGAUAGUUCAUGUCUCUAUAUAUAAUGCUGCUGGGAGGAAGGUCAAGAAAUCAACAACCAAAGUUGUAGAUGGCAUUCUGUCAAAGAGCUACCACAUCCCUGAUAUUUCAAAACCUGGUGUAUGGAAGAUAACAGCACAUUACAAAGGUGAUGAGGAAAAUCCUGCCGUGCGUGAAUUUAAGGUCCAGAAAUUUGUUCCUCCCAGCUUUGAGGUUACUGUUCAGUCAGAGAAAGCCUUUAUGCUUGUGAAUGCGGAGGCAUUCACAUUCACCAUUCAAGCCUCACACACAUAUGGCAAGGUAAUUGAUGGUGCUUUCAAAUGUCGGUUUGGGAUGGAUAAAGACGAGUCAGAGAACAAUCCUGGAAAAAUCAAAUUCAUCAAGGGACUAAAGAAAACUGGAUCUGUGAAAGGAGGCCAGGCUGAGAUUACAGUUCAAAUUUCAGAAAUCAAGCAAAAACUGCAUUCAACAUUAGAAAAAUUGGCAGCGACUCAGACCCGAUUCUACAUUGCUGUCACAGUCACAGAUAUUUUAAGUGGUGAGGUACAGGAAUCAGCAGCUUUCAUUCCCAUUGUUUUGAGGCCAUACAAUGUAGAUCUGUCUCGGACGAGAUCAUUCUACACACCUACAUUUCUCUUUCAAGCCGUGGUCACAGUUCGUCACCCAAAUGGUUCCCCAGCUGAAGGCGUUCAAGUGAAGUUGGAUGUCUCAAGCACCAAAGAAAAGUCCCGAAAUAUUAUAACUAAUAAAGAAGGGAUCGCAUUUCAAAAUUUUAAUUUGGAAGGAACACCACCUUCCAUUUCAGUGCAGGCAACAGUGGAUGGUUUCAAGUCAACAAAAGAAGUGCGCCCAGUGAAAUCUACAAAGAACAGCUUCCUGUAUCUGAGUGUGACUAAUAAAGUUCUGUCACCAGAAGAGUCUCUAGAUGUUACAUUUUAUGUCAAGGGCAAUCCAGUAGAUGGACAAAUAUAUUAUAUGAUUGUCAGCAGAGGCAUGCUGAGAACAGCAAGCUCUAUUGCAUCAGGUUCUGCAGUAAAAAUAUCGAUCCAAAUCAGCCCAGAGAUGAUCCCAUCCUUCAGAGUGAUCGCCUUUUACUACACAGAUGUUGACAUUAUUGCAGAUUCAGUGUGGGUAGAUGUAGAGGGUUGGUGUGAGGGAAAGCUUGAGAUAAAUCUGAAUGGCAAUCAUAAUUAUGAACCAGAAGAUUCAGCUGAGCUUGGCAUUGAUGUAGGAACACAGAAUGCAAAAGUGGCUUUACUAGUUGUGGACAAAGCCAUUUAUGCCCUGGGGUCUCGAAACAAACUCACUCCAAAACAGGUGUUCAGGUCCAUGCAGUCUCAUGAUAUGGGGUGUUCAUACGGAGGUGGAGAGAACGCGGCUGCUGUUUUUAAUGACGCUGGUCUGGCCUUCAUCUCACACUCAAACACAAUCCGUUCAAUGAUGAGAAAAGGUUUCAGCUGUGAGUCUGGCUUUAGGUGCAACAAACGCUCUAUAGAAAUGACUAAAAAAGGCGCUGACUGUAAUGAAGAAGAGGAAUUCUUUGACUUUGAAACAGUUUGCAGAUACUUCCAACCAAGCUUUGAGUUUAAGCAGAUGGAUGUGAUAGGAAAAGUUAGGUACACAAUCAAUUUACCCCACUCUAUCACAACAUGGGAAAUCCAGGCUCUCAGCGUAUCACCAUCCCAUGGUUUUUGUGUGACAGAGCCUGUUGACCUUCCUGUAUUCAAGCCAGUCUUUAUAUCAUUGAGGCUUCCCUUUUCAGUCAAACGCUUUGAGCAACUGUCUAUAGUUGUGGUGAUCUUUAAUUAUGGAAGGAUGGAAAAGAAGCUUGUUGUGCAAAUGAAACAAGUGGAUGGUCUUUGUUCACCCGGGUCAGCAUCUUCCUCUUCCACUGUCAGAAUCAGUCUGGAACAACAGUCAUCUCAAACUGUGACUUUCCCUACUGUUCCCACGGUAACAGGCCAAAUCCCUAUCACUAUUGAAGUUUAUGAUGAUGAAGAAAGCAAAACAAAAGUGGCUUCUAUUCAAAAGAUGCUCUUGGUCAAGAAUGAGGGAGUGGAAAUAAGAGAAGAGCAGACUUAUUUUAUUAAUCUGAAUGGUAGAAAUGACAGGCGCUUGUUCAUCGAUGGAUUUUUCCCAAACAACACAGUUCCUGAAACAGAUGUCAGCUUGUUUGUCAAACUAGAAGAAGAAGCAUUUGCCCAGUCUACCGCUGUUCCAUUACUCUCACCAUCCAAAGUGGAAAAUCUGAUCCGGGCACCGAAAAGCUGUGGAGAGCAGACGAUGUUCCUUAUGUCUUCAACUGCCUUUGUAGUGCGCUACAUUGACAAAACUCAGUGUUGGCUGAAACUGGAAGCAGGAUCCAGAGAAAAAGCACUGGAUUUCAUUGAGCAAGGUUAUGAACACAUUUUAAUGUUCCAAAAACCUGAUGGAUCCUACGGAGCUUGGCAAGACUAUCCAACAAGUACAUGGUUGACUGCGCUGGUGGUGAAAGUGUUGUCCAUUGUGGCUGGACUACAGAUAGAAACUCUUGAACAGCAAGGAACAACAGAAAGGUUGAUUUCACAGGAGGACAUCCGCCAAGCAGUCACAUAUCUGAUUGAAACACAGAGCUCAGAUGGGUCCUUCACUGAUGCUAAUCCGGUCAUACACAGGGAAAUGCAGGGAGUUGAGCAAGAUGCCUCUUUAACAGCUUUCAUCACAAUUGCCCUCUAUCAUUCCCUCCCUUUCUUGGGCAGAGAAUUAAUCAACGUGGAGGAAAGUAUCUCUCGUGCCACCGACUUCCUCCUUAAACGGGUUGGUGACCUUAAAAGAACUUAUGCCUUAGCCAUUACAGCGUACUGUUUGUCUAUCUGCCUUCCUGACCAAACUCGGGCACUGUCAACCUGGAAGAAACUCAAAAGUCUUGCAAAUCUAGAGGGAGAGUGUCUUGUGUGGCAAGAUGAUGUCAAUAUGCAACUAAUGAAAAAGAGUUCCCAUGUACCCCCUGGAAUGGCAUUAACAGUAGAGACCACCGCAUAUGCUCUCAUGACUGCUCUAGAACAGAAUGACUUAGUAACAGCACAUGCUGCUGCAUGCUUCUUGUCUUCACAAGGGAACUACGAAGGAGGAUUCAAAUCAACACAGGACACUGUUGUGGCUUUGGAAGCCCUCACAGAGUAUGCUCUGAGUAUACCAGAAACCCCCAUCACUACAGUCAAUGCACAGUUCACUGUUCCAGGGAGGCCUGAGAUGGAGAAGCUGCAAUUGGUCAAAAAUAAAAAGAAAGUGGAGACAGAAUUAAAGAGACUAGUCGGAAGGGAAAUAUAUGUACGCCUUUCUGGAAAAGGAAAAGUUAAAAUGAAAGUGGCAAAGACUUAUUAUGCUCUUAAGGAAGACUCCAACUGUGCUGAUUUGUCAAUACAAGUGACUGUAGAGAGAAAAGUGGAACACAAACCUAAAGAACAAGAAAGUUCCAGUUCCAAAGAGGACACUAAAACAUCAGAAGAGAGGAAGGGAGACUCAUUCCAUUCCAAAGACCCCUCUAAAAAGUCAGAAGGGAAGAGGGGAGAAUCUUCUAAUUCAGAAGAGAGGAAGAGAGAAACACCCCAUUCCAGAGAGCCCUCUAAAAAGUCAGAAGGGAAGAGGGGAGAAUCUUCUAAUUCAGAAGAGAGGAAGAGAGAAACACCCCAUUCCAGAGAGCCCUCUAAAAAGUCAGAAGGGAAGAGGGGAGAAUCUUCUAAUUCAGAAGAGAGGAAGAGAGAAACACCCCAUUCCAGAGAGCCCUCUAAAAAGUCAGAAGGGAAGAGGGGAGAAUCUUCUAAUUCAGAAGAGAGGAAGAGAGAAACACCCCAUUCCAGAGAGCCCUCUAAAAAGUCAGAAGGGAAGAGGGGAGAAUCUUCUAAUUCAGAAGAGAGGAAGAGAGAAACACCCCAUUCCAGAGAGCCCUCUAAAAAGUCAGAAGGGAAGAGGGGAGAAUCUUCUAAUUCAGAAGAGAGGAAGAGAGAAACACCCCAUUCCAGAGAGCCCUCUAAAAAGUCAGAAGGGAAGAGGGGAGAAUCUUCUAAUUCAGAAGAGAGGAAGGGAGAAACACCCCAUUCCAAAGAGCCCUCUAAAAAGCCAGAAGGGAAGAAGGGAGAAACUGCUAAUUCAGAAGAGAGGAAGGGAGACACAUCUCAUUCCAAAGAGCCAUCUAAAAAGUCAGAAGGUAAGAAGGGAGAAACUGCUAAGUCAGAAGGGAAGAAGGGAGAAACUGCUAAUUCAGAAGAGAGGAAGGGAGACACAUCCCAUUCCAAAGAGCCCUCUAAAAAGUCAGAAGGGAAGAAGGGAGAAACUGCUAAUUCAGAAGAGAGGAAGGGAGACACAUCUCAUUCCAAAGAGCCAUCUAAAAAGUCAGAAGGUAAGAAGGGAGAAACUGCUAAGUCAGAAGGGAAGAAGGGAGAAACUGCUAAUUCAGAAGAGAGGAAGGGAGACACAUCCCAUUCCAAAGAGCCCUCUAAAAAGUCAGAAGGGAAGAAGGGAGAAACUGCUAAUUCAGAAGAGAGGAAGGGAGACACAUCCCAUUCCAAAGAGCCCUCUAAAAAGUUAGAAGGGAAGAAGGGAGAAACUGCUAAUUCAGAAGAGAGGAAGGGAGACACAUCCUAUUCCAAAGAGCCAUCUAAAAAGUCAGAAGGGAAGAAGGGAGAAACUGCUAAUUCAGAAGAGAGGAAGGGAGAAACUGCUAAUUCAGAAGAGAGGAAGGGAGACACAUCCCAUUCCAAAGAGCCCUCUAAAAAGUCAGAAGGGAAGAAGGGAGAAACUGCUAAUUCAGAAGAGAGGAAGGGAUACACAUCCCAUUCCAAAGAGCCCUCUAAAAAGUCAGAAGGGAAGAAGGGAGAAACUGCUAAUUCAGAAGAGAGGAAGGGAGACACAUCCCAUUCCAAAGAGCCCUCUAAAAAGUCAGAAGGGAAGAAGGGAGAAACUGCUAAUUCAGAAGAGAGGAAGGGAGAAACUCCUAAUUCAGAAGAGAGGAAGGGAGACACAUCCCAUUCCAAAGAGCCCUCUAAAAAGUCAGAAGGGAAGAAGGGAGAAACUGAUAAUUCAGAAGAGAGGAAGGGAGACACAUCCCAUUCCAAAGAGCCAUCUAAAAAGUCAGAAGGGAAGAAGGGAGAAACUGCUAAUUCAGAAGAGAGGAAGGGAGAAACUGCUAAUUCAGAAGAGAGGAAGGGAGACACAUCCCAUUCCAAAGAGCCCUCUAAAAAGUCAGAAGGGAAGAAGGGAGAAACUGCUAAUUCAGAAGAGAGGAAGGGAGACACAUCCCAUUCCAAAGAGCCCUCUAAAAAGUCAGAAGGGAAGAAGGGAGAAACUGCUAAUUCAGAAGAGAGGAAGGGAGACACAUCCCAUUCCAAAGAGCCCUCUAAAAUGUCAGAAGGGAAGAAGGGAGAAACUGCUAAUUCAGAAGAGAGGAAGGGAGACACAUCCCAUUCCAAAGAGCCCUCUAAAAAGUCAGAAGGGAAGAAGGGAGAAACUGCUAAUUCAGAAGAGAGGAAGGGAGACACAUCCCAUUCCAAAGAGCCCUCUAAAAAGUCAGAAGGGAAGAAGGGAGAAACUGCUAAUUCAGAAGAGAGGAAGGGAGACACAUCCCAUUCCAAAGAGCCCUCUAAAAAGUCAGAAGGGAAGAAGGGAGAAACUGCUAAUUCAGAAGAGAGGAAGGGAGACACAUCCCAUUCCAAAGAGCCCUCUAAAAAGUCAGAAGGGAAGAAGGGAGAAACUGCUAAUUCAGAAGAGAGGAAAGGAGACACAUCCCAUUCCAAAGAGCCCUCUAAAAAGUCAGAAGGGAAGAAGGGAGAAACUGAUAAUUCAGAAGAGAGGAGGGUAGAAACAUCCCAUUCCAAAAAGCCAUCUAAAGAUUCAGAAGAGAGGAAUCUGGAGGAAAAUUUCACCCAGUUGGGCAGUGAGUGGUUUGAUGCUCACAGCAGACGAGGAGAAAACAAACAAAAUUAUGUGGUCUAUACAGUGUGUGUCAGUCUCACACAGGGGAGGAAGCUCUCUGGAAUGGCUAUUGCUGACAUCACUCUACUUAGUGGCUUUCAAGCAAUCAAUACAGAUCUGGAAAGGCUGAAAGACCUUGUGGGCAAGUAUAUUUCUCACUAUGAGCUCACAGAUGGAAGAGUGCUGUUGUACUUCAAUGAGAUAGAUGAAGAUGGGACCUGUAUAGCAUUUGGAGCUAAGCAAAGUGUGCCCAUUGGAUUAGUUCAACCAGCUCCUGCGACAGUUUAUGAUUACUAUGAACCAGACAGGAGAUGUUCUGUGCUGUACAGCGCCCCCAAGAGGAGCAACAUGGUUUCUGUCCUGUGCUCAGAUGAUGUUUGCCAAUGUGCAGAAAGGGAUUGUUUCAUCGAGAAGAAAACAAUUGAGAUGGAAAUCAACAAAAAAGACAGAUAUGAUUAUGCUUGUUCCCACUCCAAAAUUGACUAUGCAUUUGAAGUCAUUGUGGAUUCAGUUACUGAAGAGAAUAACUUCAUAUUGUAUUCAACAUCUAUAAAGGUGGUCCUCCAAUACACAGGAGACAUGGACGUUAGCCCAGACAGCACACGGGUGUUUGCCAAGAGAAAGCACUGCAAGGGUGAGCUGGAAGAGGGUGAGACGUACCUCAUCAUGGGUGAUGAUAGCCCCACCAAAGACUAUAAUGGAAACAUGAAGUACCUCCUGGAUUCAAAGACAUGGGUUGAGCAGAAGCUAUCAACCUCAACAUGCGAAGCACCAGCCAACAAGAUUUACUGCACAGAAUACAGAGAUUUUGUGGAAGAGUACCAAGUUGAUGGGUGUAACGUGUAGUCCGAACGGCAAUUUUAUGGGGAAUUUAAUAAUUCCCCAUGUCACUACAGCAGAGCAAGAAUCUACAUUUAUCCUGAAUUGUAAACCAGCUUUUCUUUUUAUGAUACAGAUUAUGAUAACUGAAAUCCUGUAAUAUGCUUUUCUGUUAUCAUGUCUUAAAAUAAACAUGCUUACAAAA